AUGUGUGCCGCCGACGAUGCAAUAAUUGGCUAUUACACUGAGUACCUGUUCUUCCGGCCUGAGCCUGAAUGGUCAAUCGACCUAAUAGCCGAUCCACGCACGAUCGAGACCGACACGGAUAUCGGUCCUACAUUGACAGAACAAGAGAUGGCUGAACGCCUGGCUGUGAUGGCAUGGCUUGUCGUGUCUCUUGAAGAAUCGUUCAACUGGCGCCCCAAGCUGGGGUUGCGUCGAAAUGGCACAGUGGAAGAAAACCGAGACGGGACGCCUGUACCAUGGACGCCAGUGCACUGCCCGUCGCGGGCCCAUGAGAUUCCAGCGCUAUCAGAGCGCCUCAUAUUGUCCCAUAACCGGUAUGAUCUGAAUCGACAGCCCGGCGAAACAACAAGAUAUAACGUCAUUUUUAACGGCACGUCGUUAAGGACGGUAUAG